AUGAUAUCAUUUAAAUCUCUCAAAUUUUUAUUGACUUAUUCUUUUUGGAUGUAUAGAAGAUGUGGAGACCUAAGUUCAUUUAUAAAAGACAGACAAAAUGAAAGACAAUUAAUUCGGUUAUCUCGAAGAGGAAAUUUUAUGGCAAAAAAACGAAUUAUUGAAAUUGAUGAUGAACAAUUAAAAAGUUAUGAAGAGAUAUAUUCUUUGUUAAAUUCUAAAAGACUUAUUGAUCAGUGCCAUGGAACUCAAGCACUGAGGAGGGCAAGUGAGAAAGAAGUUGAAAAUGGAUUUUUAUCAGAAGAAUUUUUGAUGGCAGGUUUAUUGAGUCAACCCAUUAUGCAACUUAAUAAAUUACCAGGAAUAAUUCAAAAUGAAUUAUUAACAACAACGAUAAACAUUUCAUCAUUACAGAAUGGUGCUGAAUAUCUUAUUGCUAUUGGUUGUUUAGAUUCAUUAAUUAAAUGUUCAAAAUCACAAUCAGAAUCAAGGAAUAAGGCUCUAUGGUGUUUAACAAAUUUAUUAUGUCAUAAAAAAUUUAGCUAUAAUGAACAAGGAAAAAAAACUGUAAACCAAAUAAUUCAAGCAACCCUUAAACUACCAGAAAUAAAUGAAUUGGCGUUAUGGACAUUGAAAUGUUGUGGAUUAUAUUACCAAAGAUUAGAAGGUGGAGAUGAAUUGUUUCAAAUUUCUAUUAAUGAAAUAAGAAAUAAAUUAGAAAGUACAUUUGAUAAUGCAAUUAUGAGUAGUGAUACUAUUAUUAUUUGUGAAGCGUUAUCACUUUAUGAAUUAUGUCCAAACUUUCUAACUGAAGUAACAUUACAAAAUAUAUUAAGAAGUUUUGAAUUAAAAGAAAUUUGUAUUAAAGAAAAUGUCUUACAUAUUGUAGAAAUUAUGUCAUUAUAUACUGAUGGAAUGGCUUUUGUAUUAUAUGAACAAAUUAUACAAAGUUGGUUAUGUGAAAAGAUCAGUAUAAAUGAAAAUAAAACAAUGACAUUAUCAAUGAUUCUUCUUAUAUAUAAAUCUAUUGAUAUUCAUGAAUCAUUAUUCAAUCAAAUUAAUAAAACUUUCUUAACUGUUUGUACUUCAAUGUUUUUUUGUUCAUUUAUUUCAGUAGAGAACAAAAAUGAUAUUGGGCUAUUUCUGAUAAUGUGUUGUAAAUAUUAUAAUCUCUUUCAAAUAAUCUUUUCAUUAAAUAAUUUCUUAUCAUUAAUAGUGCAUAUGGCAUCUUUAUCACAAACACUAUUAGAUAAGUCAAUGAAAAAGUAA